UGGAAUAGAUUAUUUUGACAGGAAAAUAAAAUAUUCUUCUUUUAUUAAUUUUCUAUUAUUUCAUGAAUAUAAUUUUUAUGUAUCUACAUGCAUAUAUCCGGAAACAGGGUUACAAAGUCUUCCACGAGUUCGACAAAGGUGAGAAGGGUCAUCACGACAAAGAGGAUCACAAGAAAGUGUACGACGAGAAGAAGGGGGAAAAAGAGAAGAAACACGAAGAGGAAGAUCACUACGAUGAAAGUCACCAGGACGAGGAAGGCGACAAAGGUGCAAAAUUCGACGAAGAGGGUAAACAUCAGAAAGGUUACAGCACCAAAGGAGAGCAUAGUGUCUUUAAAAAGGAUGAAUAUGAAAAGAAGCACGAUUUUUACGACGAAUAUCACGAGGAUGGGGAACAUGAGAAACAUGGCGGAUAUCAUCACGAGCACGAGGGCAAGAAAGGUGGACACGAGAAGAAGGGACACAGAGAUUCUGCUCGACGCGAGCAUCAUCAUGGUAAAAAGAAGCAUCACGAGGAGGGCCAUCAUCAUCGUAAGCAAAAAGGUCGAAAGCUCGAUGAAGGUCACAACAGUCAUCAUCAACAUGAUAGAAAAUAUGGAAAGAAGGGUGGACAUGAAUCGGGGAAGAAAUGGUUCGCCAGCAGUGGUCAUUAAAUUCUUAAAUGACGAAGUACGUCUUUUUGAAUACGUAUCACAUAUAAUAAUUUAUUGCUUGGCCAAUUACAGCCAUGAACAUGGACUUAGUUUUACGAUGUGCAAAUAUGAAUUCUUUAAA